ACACUCUUGCACAGCACAGCAAGACCUCAGCCAUGAGACUUCUCCUCCUGACUUUCCUGGGAGCCUGCUGCCUCACCACGUUCUCUGUGGAAGGUGUGGGGACUGAAGCCCUAGAAGAGAGUUUCUGUGUGAGCUUAAGGACCCAGCCGCUGCCGGUUCAUAGAAUCAAGACCUAUACCAUCAGGGAGGGCAUAUUGAAAGCAGUUAUCUUUGUCACCAGACGAGGAGUGAAAAUCUGUGCUGAUCCACAUGCCCAGUGGGUGAAAGCAGCGAUCAGAACUGUGGACAGGAAGUCCCGUGACAGAAAUAACAUCACUGAAACUAGUCCCACGAGAGCCCAGCGGUCCACCAGCUCAGCCAUGACCCUGUCUGGGUAGUGCUCUCUGGGACAGUGUUCCCUCAACAGCCGAGUAGCUCAUCUCAGUUCGCAGGCUCAUGGACUAAUUGUGCUUCAUUUACUUUUUACGAAAUGUUGCACGAAUAAAGUUGUUUAUUAUUAUUUUUUA